AUGGGGGAAUCAUUUCUUCUUUCAAGGAGUACUGCUGGAGACCAAUUGCAUCCCACCGGUACAUCGGAACCUCUAUCCAUUCUGUCAGUUGCCCUGGGUCAAGCAAAGCCUGCUGCCGUUGCAGUCCUCUGUGCAGUAAGAAAUACACAGGAUCCACAAAAAAAUGAAGUAAAAUCGUUGUCGACAUUUCGAAAGGCCAAACAGGAACGACGGCAGCCCACAGAACGACGCGACAGAUUCUAUUGGCAGGAUCUUCGCAAUGUCGAAUCGGAAUUUCAAAACUUUUGGAUUAGUCUAGGAAUCAAAACCAAGCGUAAGAGUGCUAUUUGCAUCCCCAAUGAAACAAUCUUGAGGUACUUUGGUCGCCAUGAUUUGAGAUGGGCUAUUGCAACUCAUGGAGGGCGUGACGAACUAUUCUUCAAAAUGAAAAACGUCGUGGAAAUGCCAGGAAAAUGGAAUGAAGCGGUGGAAUCCUGCCCGGAGAUGCAGAGAUUGUUGAAGAACCAAACCAUUGGCUUGUCAGCCAGGGGCCCGCCCAAGCUGGAAGGAACUGGAGAAGGAGCAGAAAAGGAGGAAGCAAGCCGAAAGUGGAUGCAUCGAUCAGGUCGAAAGCCUUUGGGCUAUUGGAGUCAGCAGCAGGUAUUGGUGGACUUGUAUGAGUACCUGCACGAGCAACAUGCCAAGUUGGAACGUCCAGCAAUUUGGAUGUCACGCCCCAGUGAAAUAGCUGAAGAAGGCAGGGGGGAUCUAAGUCAAGCUAUUUCUCGUUUUGGUGGAGCCAAGAAGAUAACAAAACUUGCCGGCCUCGUCCCUUUCCGCGAGUGGCACUUUUUUGAGGGACAAUAUGAGCUUUUUCUAUUGUUGAAAGAGUAUAUUGACGAUUACUACAUGUACAGCCAAGACUUCCAAGGCGACGACAACAGUAGCGGUACUAGUAGAUAUCAGUCAUUCCCAUCGGUCAACCCGAUGCGCUUCAAUGGUCACGAACGACUGCACUACCUCAUUCAGUACUAUGGAGGGAGAAAGUUCUUGUCAGGACGGCUCGGGAUGACCGGUGGUCAGAACGGGGUGGAAUCCUGGGGUAACUUUAGCCUUGAGUUUGCUAUUCGCCUGUGUGAAUUCAUCAGAAGCGAUCACAAGCGGGCAAAGCCUCCGGUCAGGAACCCCGUCAUAUCUAUUCCCAGCGAGCGUCGGUUGAGCCAGGCUGGGUCAGAAGGUGCUUGGUUGCAUGACAGGAUUGUAGAGUAUGGCGGCUACGAAAACGUUGCACGCCGCCUUUACUUAGCCUACACCUUCAACCGGCGUAUGGGAUAA